AUGAAAAAUGCUUGGGUCUUAUUGGUCACCGGCCUGGCGCUGCCAGUCUGGGGUUUAACCCUCCAUCGAAGAGAUAACCCCGCCGUGGUGCAAAUGGAUAUUCAACGAAAGGAUAUUCUCGACCCCGUCGCUAGAGAUCAAGCAAGGAGGAAACGUUCGACCGUCAGUCAGGCAUUGGACAAUGAGGAAACUUUAUACUUCUGUAAUAUUACCCUGGGUACCCCGGAGCAGAGUGUACGCCUGGUUCUCGACACUGGAAGUAGUGAUUUGUGGUGCAAUACGCCGAAUUCGACUCUCUGUGCAGCCAGCAAAGACGCCUGCGCUGAAUCUGGUACUUACAACUCGAGCUCUUCCUCUUCAUAUUCAUUCGUGAACUCGGACUUCAAUAUCACCUAUGCCGAUGGAUCCGGCGCCGCCGGAGACUAUGUCACCGACACCCUUACCAUUGGAGGCACAACUAUUAAAGACUUCCAGUUUGGCCUUGGGUUUACCUCUGGCUCUUCGGAGGGUGUGCUGGGUAUAGGAUAUACUACGAAUGAAGUUCAGGUUGGCAGAAAUGGAGACUCGGCUUAUGCCAACCUGCCCAAGGCAAUGGUCAGCAAAGGAGUAAUCCAAUCAAAUGCCUACAGUCUCUGGCUGAACGAUCUGGAUGCGAGUACAGGCUCGAUUUUGUUUGGUGGAGUCAACACUAAGAAAUACCACGGCACCCUGCAAACAGUUCCCGUCCAGAAGGUCAACGGACAGUAUUCGGAGUUCAUCAUUGCGCUCACUGGACUUUCCCUCACCAAUUCAUCCGGCAAAAAUACCUAUUCUUCCAGUGCCCUUCCUGCGGGCGUGUUGCUGGAUUCGGGAAGCUCUCUUACAUACCUUCCGGACGCCCUGGUUCAGGAUAUCUACAAUGAUCUCAGUGUCUCCUACGAGUCGGACAGUGGCAUUGGCUAUGUUGAAUGCAGCAUGGCAGAUAAGAACAUCACCCUCGGUUACACAUUCUCAUCCCCGACGAUCAGUGUGGAAAUCAAAGAGAUGAUCAUCGAUGUUGGCGAUCUCUAUUUCCGGAACGGCAAACGGGCCUGCGUUUUCGGUAUUGUUCCUGCGGGGACCAGCACGGCAGUCCUGGGAGAUACCUUCCUUCGCAGCGCAUAUGUGGUAUACGAUCUCGCCAAUAAUGAGAUCUCCCUCGCCAACACCAACUUCAACACCACCGAGAAUGAUGUUUUGGAAAUCGGGACUGGCACUGAUUCCGUCCCUGGUGCAACUGCAGUAUCGAACCCAGUGACUACCGCGUCGGUUGGUGGCACCGCUGCUCGAAUCGGAGCACCGCAGGGAGAGACCGGACUUUCCGGCACCUCCUCUGUCACUGGGAAUAUGGCCAUUCCUAUGGCGACCGCUAUGCCGAAACACAUGGCUGUCGGCCUUGUCGGCGUGGGAGCUCUUCUGGCUUUCUAA